AUUACGUAUUCUGGCUGACAAAGGCAAAUGAAGCCAUGUUUUUUUGCUUAUGCAUUUUGGAGUAGGCUAUUCUAAAUUUAAAGUUGGAGUAAUGCCGCUUUUGUAAACUGGAGACUGGCGGAAGAGCACUCAGCUCUGGAUUAUGUUUGAUGUCUCUAACGGUCAAUGAGGGCGGUGCGGGGAUAUUGUGUACGUUGUAUUCAAUGCUGAGCAGAAGUUGUUGAAAUAGGGAUCAGGAAGCCCGUCUUACCUACUUGAAAACAACGAAGCAACCAGAGCCAUUCAAGAAUGAAAAUGAGUUCAGAGGCCAGCUGCUGAACCAGAGGUGGACACGAGGGGACAGAAUAAGCAGAUUCUGUGAGGUCAAGAGGAGCCUGCGAAUCAAAAUGAGUCAGGAAGCAUCAGACACAAGAACACGGACCCGCUCAAAAGGCAUCCGAGUACCCAUUGAACUGGUGGGAACAGAGUUAAGUAGCUGCCCCACCCCCGGAUGCGAUGGUUCAGGCCAUGUCAGUGGGAGAUAUUCCCGACACAAAAGCGUUCUCGGAUGCCCAAUAGUGAAGAAGAGGAAACUUGCGGAGGCGGAGGCAGAGGCAGAAGAGAAUCAGCCUGCCCCUAAGAAAAAGACCCCGUCCCUGAAGUUGGCCAUGGACGAGGGUUUCAACGCAGCAGACAGUGAUGCUGGCAGUGAGGCGGAGCAUAAGGAGGAGGAGGAGUCAGAGGAGGAGGAGCAGGAGGAUAAAGAAAAUAACAAAACGCCAAACCCACUGGAGUCCAUGAAAGCCGAUUGCACACAGGUGGUACCCGAAGACACAGAAAAAGUGACGUCUGUCGAGUUCGACACCAUAGCUGCAACUGAAGUAGAGGCUCCGCAGGAGGACACAGAAGCAGCCACCACAACCCAACAGCAGGCUUCCACAGAGGCAGAAGCAGAAACAGAGGCAGAAACAGAGGCAGAAGCAGAAACAGAGGCAGAAGCAGAAACAGAGGCAGAGACAGAUACAUACAGACGCGAAGAGGAGGUGCAAGUAGUGGCAGAGAUACAGGCCGCUGAGGAGGAGAAGGAGGAGGAAGAUGAGGGGACAGUUGAUGAAGACAGAACAACAGAGCAGCCCAAAGGCAACGAUAAAACAGGGAGAGCAGAGAUUGAGGAGAAGCAAAAGGAGGAGGUAGGAGACGAGGAAGAAGAGGAGGAGGAGGGAGUGGAGGAAGAGAAAGAAGAGGAGAGGCAAUGUGUGAGUCAGGAGAACUCAGAUCAUCAGUACUCCAGUGGCGACUACAGCAGGCAUCAGGCAAAAGAGGAAGGAGAUGAGGAAGAAGAAGAGGAAGAGAAGGAGGGAGAGGAGAAGGAGGUAGUGGAAGAGAAGGAGGAGGAAGAGAAGGAGGAGGAAGAGGAGGAGGAGGAAGAGGAGGAAAAGGAGGAGGAGGAUGAGGUGAUCCACGUGGAGCCUGCCAUCUCUCUUGCCUCUAGUACGCUUGCUCAGAAAUGUGAGGAUAAAGAAGUGGCCCCGGAGGAGAUAAACAUUUGUACCCUGUUGACAGAAGAGGAGGAAGAGGAGGAGGAAGGAGAGGAGGAGACAGAAGCAGGGGAGGUGGAAGAAGAAGACCAAUAUUCUCACAAAGCCUCACCUACCACAGUGGUCAUUGAGAUACGAUCUGAGGAGGAGGAAGAGGAGGAGGAAGAUGACUGUCUCUCACAGGGUUCGGGCGUGACAGAUGACUCGGAGACCUGGGAUAUGACCCGGGGGAACUUAGGGCUGCUGGAGCAAGCCAUCGCACUAAAGGCCAAGCAGGUGAGAGGGCCGCACGACGACCAACAGUCUCCUGAGGACCAGCGCUACCAAAGCCCAGACGACAGGGCCAGCAAACCCAUGGACCCAGCCAUUCGACACAGAGGACACCACAGCAAAGACAAGAAAGAGGUGAAAUGCCCCACCCCUGGGUGUGAUGGGACGGGCCAUGUGACUGGGCUCUACCCCCACCACCGCAGCCUCUCUGGGUGCCCUCACAAAGACAGGAUCCCACCUGAGAUCCUGGCCAUGCACGAGAACGUGCUGAAGUGUCCAACUCCAGGAUGCACAGGCCAAGGUCACGUCAACAGCAAUCGCAACACACACCGCAGUCUGUCUGGUUGUCCCAUCGCAGCUGCAGAGAAGCUCGCCAAGGGGGGCCAAUUCACCCCCAGUCACCCCCAGCCUUCAGUCAGCGAGCCCCCAACUGGGAGCCCCCACUCAGACAGAGUUCUCAGACCUAUGUGUUUUGUGAAGCAGCUGGAGAUCCCUCAGUAUGGCUACAGACCCAACAUGGUGCCUGCCACACCCCGCGCCAACCUGGCCAAAGAGCUGGAGAAAUACUCCAAGGUUUCCUUCGACUAUGCAAGCUUCGACGUCCAGGUGUUUGGGAAGCCUAUGCUGGUUCCAAAGAUGCCCGCCACCAGUCAACCCUCACCCAAAGCCAUCAAAUCUAAACCAUUCCCUAAGGCCUCGUCCCCAAGCCAUAGCUUGUCAGGAGGAUAUGCAAAGAGCAGCUCCUCCUCGUCCUCCAGCGGCUACGAUUACUCCCAUGAUGCUGAGGCUGCUCACAUGGCUGCCACUGCCAUCCUGAACCUGUCCACUCGCUGCUGGGAAAGGCCCGAGAACCUUAGCACCAAACAGCAGGACCCAGCCGGCAAGGAAAUUGAUAUUGAAGUGGAUGAGAAUGGGACACUGGACCUGAGCAUGAAGAAGCCCAUCAAGAGGGAAGGGAUGCAAUCACCAGACCCCUCUUCAUCCUCCUCCUCUUCCUCGCAGCAACCGGGAGGUGUUCCCUUGUCCCAGGCCCACCUGCAGGAGGAGUGGGAAGGGCCUCUGGACUUCACCAAGCCAAACUGUCCCAAAGAGGAGGAGGAGCAAGAUGAGAUGGACUUUGUGGCCCACUCCUACACCUCCUCUGAUGCAGAGGAUGAUGACAUCACUCAGGAGAGCAUGGAGGACAGGAAGUACCCAGGCGAGGUCACCACGUCCAGCUUCAAGGUUCAGUUCUCGCCCAAAGACUGCAAAAAAGAAGUUCUACUAUGUCCCACCCCAGGUUGUGAUGGCAGUGGGCACAUCACUGGAAACUACGCGUCACAUCGGAGUCUGUCAGGCUGUCCUCUUGCUGAUAAGUCUCUUCGGACCCUCAUGGCUGCCCACUCUGCUGAACUAAAGUGUCCGACCCCUGGAUGCGAUGGAUCAGGUCACAUCACUGGAAACUACGCCUCCCAUAGAAGUUUGUCUGGAUGCCCUCGUGCUAAGAAAGGUGCUGUCAAGACAACACCCACCAAGGAUGACAAGGAAGACUCUGAGCUUCUAAGUAGAUGCCCGGUGCCCGGCUGUGACAGCCUAGGCCACAUCAGUGGGAAGUAUGCCACCCACCGCAGUGCCUACGGGUGCCCCCUGGCAGCGCGGCGUCAGAAGGAGGGGCUCCUUAACGGCUCUCCUUUCUCCUGGAAGGCCUUUAAGACUGAGGGACCCACCUGUCCCACCCCCGGCUGUGACGGAUCAGGACACGCCAAUGGCAGCUUCCUCACACACCGCAGUCUCUCUGGUUGUCCCAGAGCCUCCGCUAAUAAGAAGAGAACCAGGUUUCCUGGAGAUGAGUACAUUACAGCAAAGUUCAGGGCCAGCGAUGUUCUGGAUAAUGAUGAAGAUAUCAAGCAGCUGAACAAUGAGAUCAGUGAACUGAGCGAGUCCAACUCAGAGAUGGAGGAUGACAUGAUGAACCUGCACACACAGAUCUCGUCCAUGGAGAAGAACCUGAAGAGUAUGGAGGAGGAGAACAAGCAGAUCGAGGAGAGAAACGAUGCCCUGUACAUGGAGCUGUCUGGCCUGAGCCAAGCUCUGAUCCGCAGCUUGUCCAACAUCCAGCUGCCACACAUUCAGGAACCUAUGUCGGAGCAGAACAUUGAUACAUAUGUGGACACCUUGACCCAUAUGUUCUCCAAUAAAGAUUGCUACCAAAACCCGGAGAACCGCGCUCUGUUGGAGUCCAUCAACCAAGCGGUAAAAGGUAUCGAAGUGUAGUCUCUAAAAGAGAGAUGAAGAGGCUAAAUGGAACAUACGAAAGAGAGAGGGAGAAGAGGAAAGAGAGCGGGGUGACAUGGUGUGUGGGUAUACAAAACCCAGAAACUAUCCAUAAAUCCAUUGCUUUUGGAAUAUACUGUAGACUUGAUUUUUCUCUUAUUAGUUUUGGAGAAAAUGUGUCCAUUUCACGUUGCUCCCCCUCCCUGUUUGCAUGAAGGUUAUCAGGAUCAAUGGACACACUUGUGUAUGGAUGAGUACAGAAGUUUCAAUUAUGUCUUGAGUGUUCUUGAGUGCAUUGGAGUAAAACUGUGUUAGUGUGGUUGUUUAGGAACGUUUGGAGGGGUAUAAUACAAAAAAAAGAGAGCCACUUUAAUGGUACAGAACGGACUAAGAAUGCAGUAUACUGGCUCCAAUACCCCAUCAUACAAUACUCUCCUAAAUAGUCUAUUCCAACCCCAUUGAGUAAUGUUGAUAGUAUUUAUGAGCAUAGAUGUUGCACUUCCAGGAAUCGUUUUUAGUUUCAUUAUUAUUGUUGUGUAUGAAUUUGAGUCUUAAAAAUGUCUGUUUAAUAUAUUAUUUAUUCAUGUUGUGUUAAUUUAGCUUAUUUAUUCAGCAUUUAUUUAUUGACCUAUUUAUUUAUUUUUACCAAACAAAAUGAUACUGAAGACAUUUUUAAACAGCGAUUAAGAGGAGUUUUCUUCUGCAUUGUUGAAAAAGAGGAAAUAUUUUAAAAUAUCAACUAUAAAUUGUUUUAUAUAUCUUAUUAUUUAUUUGAAAUACUGGGAUCUUUUUUAAGUGCAAAUAUUUUGUAACCGACAAGUUUUGAUAAUUUUGUAAAGAUUUUUCUUUUGUUUAUAUUAUUUAUUUUAUUCCAUAAAGUAUUUUGAGACACCUUGCAAUGAACUGGGAGAAAUGUGUACGUUUUUAAUAUUCAUUUGAUAAUGAAGAACAAAGUAAAUGGAGAUGUUGGUGUAUAUUUAUUUUGUAUUGUCUAUGUGUUAGUGAUGAUGGCUGUGUAUGGAUUAGUCUUUGCCAAUAUGUUGAUAUUGAAAUAAAGAAAAACUGUGCUACUAUAACUAAG